GUUCAACUUUGUUAGUGUAUUUUAUUCAUUUUAAUUUACUAAUCCAGCUUGUGGUUAAAUAAAAUGAUUUUUGAUAACACAAUGGGGUGGCGCACAGCUCUCUGUAUGCUGGCAGCUGUCCAGCUCAGCUCGCAGUACUUAUUACCUGGUGACGUCAUACCUACGCACUAUGACGUGCGGCUCGCGUACGACGUAGAUCCAAAGUCAAACUUUAGCUUCUUCGGUGUUGUUGAUAUUCAGCUGAUAGCAAAGAAGACCACGCAGAAAAUCAUUCUCCACGCUCAAGAAUUCCUAGUAGAGGAUGAGAAAGUAUCGGUUACAGGAUUAAAGGAUACACCGAAAGUAACAGACGUCAAACUGAACGACACAUUUAAUUUCUUGACGAUAACACUCGACAGGGACUUGGAGGAGAAUGGAAAUUACACGCUCACGAUACCGUUUUACGGUAACUUGGUUAAAGGAUUGGACGGAGCGUAUAUCAGUUCCUACACGAAUCUAAAGAAUCAACAGAGCGAGUACUUAAUAUCAACCCAAUUCGAGGCUACAUCAGCUCGGAAGGGUUUCCCGUGCUUCGACGAGCCCAUCUACAAGGCCACGUUCGACAUCAACAUCGCCCAUCACAAGGACUUCACCGCUGUAUCUAACAUGCCAUUACUUACUUCGUCCAAUAACAAUGCCCUUGAAGAGUACUGGCCUUGGGAGAAAAUCGGAAAGAAAUUCAUGAAAGAACAAUCGAGCUUCGUGUGGGACCAGUUCGCUAAGUCCGUCCCGAUGUCAACUUACCUGGUCGCUUACGUAGUGUCCAAGUUCUCGUACGUGGAGAGUCCGCCGGACCUCUCUCACACCAAAUUUAGGAUCUGGGCUAGGAAUGACGCCAUUGAUCAGACGUCCUACGCUGCAAAAAUUGGUCCAAAAGUGCUGUCGUACUUUGAGAAGUGGUUCAACGUUAGCUUCCCGCUCCCGAAGCAGGACAUGUUCGCUAUCCCGGACUUUGCGGCUGGCGCCAUGGAGAACUGGGGACUCAUCACGUAUAGGGAAACGGCAUUGUUGUAUGACAAGGAUGCGUCAUCCUUCCUGAACAAGGAGAGGAUUGCUGAAGUGGUGGCGCACGAGCUGGCGCACCAGUGGUUCGGCAACCUGGUGACCAUGAAGUGGUGGUCGGACCUGUGGCUCAACGAGGGCUUCGCGACGUACGUGGCGUCCGUGGGCGUGCACGCCGUGGAGCCCGCGUGGCGCGCCGACCGCCUGUACGCCGUCGACAACCUGCUGGCCGUGCUGGCGCUCGACGCGCUGCAGGCCUCGCACCCGGUGUCCGUUCCCAUCGAUGAUCCGAAGCGUAUCUCCGAGAUCUUCGACACCAUCUCGUACCGCAAGGGCUCCACCGUCAUCCGAAUGAUGUUCAUGUUCCUCGGGGAAGAAGUCUUCAGGAAGGCACUGCACAACUACCUGACGAAGUACUCGUACACCAACGCGGAGCAAGACGACCUGUGGUGGGAGCUGACAGCCGUCAAUCAACAGUACGGCGGGCUCAGCAGAAACGUGACCGUCAAACAGGUCAUGGACACUUGGACUAAGCAGACCGGCUACCCAUUACUGACCAUCACCAGGGACUACAGCGACCAGUCUGUGACCAUCACUCAGCGUCGCUACACAACACUAGGAGCAGGUGGCAACGGGUCGUGGUGGGUGCCGCUGAGCGUGCUGUGUGCGCGAGACGACUCCCUCCCACCCGUGCAGUGGCUGGGGGAUGGAGAGGGAGUGACCAGCGAGCACCGAUUCGAGCACGGCGCCGGACCCGGCGACUGGCUGCUCUUCAACUACAACAUGAUCGCUCCGUACCGCGUGAACUACGACGAGCGCAACUGGAAGCUGCUGAUUUCCGCGCUCACGAGCGGCCCCCUGGACAGCAUCCCCGUGGAGGGUCGCGUGCAGCUGCUGUCGGACGCCUUCGCGCUCGCCUGGAACAACGAGCUGGACUACGGCACCACUAUGCAGCUGGCGAGCUAUCUGAAGCGUGAGACCGACUACCUGCCGCUGAGUACGGGUCUGAGUGCGCUCGCUAAGAUCGAAAACGUGCUCAAGCGAACCCCCCACUACGGAGCUUUCCAGAAGUUCAUGCGACGCCUGCUGACCGAUGCGUACCGACGAGCUGGAGGACUCUCAGUCAAGAAGAUCCUUAACGGAGACGACUUGACCAGCGUCAAGAUGCAAACGACGACGAGUGCGUGGGCGUGCAGUAUGAAGGUGCCGGACUGUGAGGAGAACGCCAUGGAGAUGUUCCAGCAGUGGAUGGACACGGAAAACCCGGACGAGAACAACCCCAUCCCCGUGGACCUGCGGCGCACGGUGUACUGCGUGGCGCUGCGGCGCGGCGCCGUGCGCGAGUGGCGCUGGGCGCUGGCGCGGCGCGGCGCGGCCAACGUGGCGGCCGCCGCCGACGCGCUGCUGCACGCGCUGGCCUGCUCGCGCGACGUGUGGCUGCUGGCGCACUACCUGGACUGGGCCGUCGCGCCCGCCUCCUCCGUGCGCCGCCAGGACGCCGGCAGCGCCAUCGCCGCCGUGGCGCGCUCCGAGGUCGGCUACUACGUGGCCCGCGACUUCAUCUACGACCGCAUCGACGACAUAUACGACUCCUUCCAGGGUCAAGACCGUCGGAUCGGCGGUAUCUUAAAAACUUUGCUCGGACAGUUCACCACUCAGAAGGAACUUGAUGAAUUUUUAGCGUGGAAAGAGAAGAACGAGAAAUACCUCACCGGAUCGAAGUUGGCCGUCUCCCAGGGCAUUGAGAACGCACGAGUCAACAUCGAAUGGCUCCGAAAGAACAGAGACCUGGUCGUCGAAAAGCUGAGGGAGUACUCCGCGUAAGAUUACUGUCACGACUUUGGGGAGUAGAACGAGUAGUGGGGAGUAACUCGGUACUGCUGAGUAGUAAAUUUGUUGAUAACUACAACAGUACACUUAUAGUUUGUAUGUAAUGAUUUUUACAAUUAGAAAAAAUAUUAAAGAAAAUCUAUAUUUAUUAGUUUGUGUGUGUUUAGUUUUUUUUUUUUUAUAAUUGUUAAUUUAACUUGGCCGUAGAACUGCUGUGCACGCUAUUACUAAAUAUAAAAAUAAUUAAUGUACUUAAAUUAAUAUAUUUUAACAACGUAUUAAGUAUAUAAAAAAAAAUAAUUAUUGUAAUUAGAAUUUGACAGUUUAUUGUACGACAGUAAUAAUGACAGUAUGAAAAUAUAUUCUUUUAGUAUAUUGUUUUUGUGAAAAAUCUUUAUUUCGUUAUAUAUUCGAAUGUAUGUAAUAUAUAACAUAUACUGUAAUGUUUCUUAAUAGUACAUAAUAAGCUUUGUUAGGCUUUAAAUAAAGCUUUUGUGUUAGUUUUUUAGCUAUGGCAAUUAUAGAUUAAUAAUAGUGUUACCAGUUGGAAAUAAUUACAUUUUUUUUUAUAUCUCUACUACAUCUCUUAACACACAAUAUUUUUGCACGCGUUAGAGAUUAUUAUUGAGCAAAAUGUUUUUAGAGAUGGAAGUCAACUGUCUUAGUAAUGUUUCAAGUUUUAAAAAUACUUCUUUUUUUGGUAAUUUUUUUUUCUUAGUUCUCCAACGUCGGCCAUUACAUCAUGGAAAGUGAGACCCAUGUUCUUGUAUUCCGUUUACGCUAUACAUAAUAUUACACGAACAAAGUUGUAAAAGCAAAGGGAAUUCGAUUGAAAUUUUUAAUCUUUAAUUUAUGACGUCAUAGUGUUAUUUGACUUACUUAUAAAGGAUAUUUUUUUUACACAUUUUUUUUUAUUUUACACUAUUUUCUUAUAUAUUUUUUUUAAUAUUUUAGGAAAAACUAUUCCGUCCAAGAUUUUAACGUCAGCAUGAGUAAUACUAUUAUAUAGAAAUUACAUAUUCUUAUUACAAUAUAAUAUAUUAUUUAUUGAAUAUAAUAAAAUUAUGUAUGUCACUUGUAUACAAAUGUAAGUUUUAAAUAUUACCUAAUAUGUUGUAUGCAAUAUAUAGUAAUUUGAAGAACAAAUGUAUUGUUUUCUGUUUUUCAUAAUAAAUUACAUUAAAUCAGACUGUCAAAAUGUAAUCGAUUAAUUAUCACGAUUACAAUAUAACAAAAGUAAUCAAAAAAGAAAGUAAGCGAGUAAAGUAAUUGCUCCCUUCAGAAUCAAUCAAAGUUAAUCUGUAAUCGUGAUUGACAAUUACACAUAGCAAUCAUUUAUCCGAUUACAUUUUUCCCAAGUCUGAAUAAAACUAUUAAAUAAUCACAAUAAAUUUGCCUCAUCGUUAAAUAGAUCUCUGACAAACAGUUACGAGCUUGAGAUAAAGUCAAAUAUGUGAGAAUAAUACAUAAUAUUGUAUAUAAUAUAACAUAAAUGUACACACACAUUGAAACACUUAAAAAUUAAUAAAAUACAAAAUAAUCACGUAUUACGAAGGCGAGCUAGCAUUAAGCAAUUAUGAUCGCCUUUAUUGAAUUGAAUGCGAUAAUAUUUGUAAGUUUCCAGUCGUUCUAUCAAGUCAUUUUAUAUAUUAUAUAAUGUACACGUGAACUCAGUGAUAUUGUCGUCGAUAUAUUUGUUUAUGUAUUAUUUUUUAAUCUUUUAUAUCAGUAUUUGAAAGCACUCGUUAAUGUCACAAAUAAAGCUUUAUAUUUUUUUUU